CUACGUGGUCUCCAGCAAGACAAAACUCUUGCAGCAGUGCCCCUGAGCCCAUGGUCAGCUGCUACCUUGGAAAUGAGCAGACUGUAAGGGCUCGGCCUAGCUAGGCCACAGAUUGAAAGUAGCUAGACUCUGCUUAUUGCUCAGUGCAGCAGUUCUCCGCGGCCUAGGGAGUCAAGGCUACAUGUGAAUCUGUGAGUCUGUGAGCCUGUGAGGUAUCGUCCUGGAUGGAGCAGAUGGGUGUACAUGUACAUAUGUGGAUGUCGUCGACGUUCGAAUUCGCAAGUUGCCAGGUUCACGGACAUUUGGGCAACCGACCGCGGGACCUGGCGGCCAUCUAUGUGCUCAAUGCCAGAGACGACCUGGAAGUGGAACACAGACUCGACCUCAUGGACGACCAGGAUGCAGUGUGCAUUGACAUCAAGCUCAAGGAAGCCUCCAAGGCGAUCACAUUAGUUAAUGUGUACAACCAGGUGCCAAUGGGACAGGCUGAAGACGCCUCGCAAGCGAUGGAAGCAAGCGAGUACACAUUGAAAAGGAUCUGGAGCGCGCUAAGAGACCUUCCAAGAGACGCUAUCAUCACGGGGGAUAUGAAUGCGCAUCACCCUCACUGGAACGAAUUUACCCAGCGACCAAGGCUACAUCAGGAACUCAUGAGGCUUGUGAGCGAACGAGAGUUCGUUCUACAGAAUGAUGGUUCAUUUACGAGACGUGGCAAUGCAGGGCAAGUCGACACUAUCAUCGACCUGACGUUUGCGCGAGGUUGGGCCCUCUCAGGCAUGGCAGGAUGGCGAACCAGGCAAGACCUCACCACAGGAUCCGACCACGAAGUGAUCCAUCUCAUGGUUGACUUACCAAAGCCGAUCUCCCGACACCGACUGGCAACGCAGCAAAACGGAGACCAUCCACUCAGAUACAACCUGAAGACUCUCAGCCCGAGAAGUCGAAGGAACUUGAGCAAAGCCUACGAGAAGCGCUGGUACAUGACAGUCGGGGCUGGGACUUGGAGGCAGCAAGUGCAGAGGACAUAGACGAGGCCGCUGCGCGUCUUGACCAGGCUAUUGCAAAAGCACUCAGAACCACUUGCAGACCUACCUCGGCACUGAAGGGACGCAAGAGAUGGUGGAACACAGAACUAGACCAACACCUUGCGGAGCUCCACACGAAGCGCAAUAGGUCUCUGCAACAUAGGGACCAGCCGACACGCCAAGAUUACAAAAGAGCCCGCAACAAAUGGAGAAGGCUGGUGCGCGACACAAAACGCAAGUG